AUGAGGACUGCAGCUCAAGCCUCGCACCCUGACUCCCAGCCAGAGACACAGCAUCCAGUCAGAAAGAAUGAGGCUGUGUGGAGUUCCCAGCCCCCCGGGGCCCAGAGGGAGGCCAACAGGAAGCAUCCCCCUUCCAUCCUGAGAUCCAGCCUCAAGGAACGUGGGUGCCAAGGGACUGAACCACAGAAGGCCUCGAGGCAUGUACGGUUCCGGGAGCCCUUGGAGGUGGCCGUCCAUUACAUCGCCGGCAAGGAUACAACUACUGUCAAAGUAUCCAGACAGCUCCCGUCCCGUGGUGGUUCCCUGCUUCAGCCCACGCCCCGAGGUGGCUCCCUGCUCCUGCGACUGAGCGUGUGUGUCCUGCUUGGCAUGGUGCUGGGCUUCUACUGUGGCCAGGCCAAACCCAUCACAAUGGCCCUGGAAGACCUCCGGGCUUGGCUCCUCGUUCCCAUGCUGCGCCUGUGGCACGUGGUCCUCGCCUGCUGGCACUGCCUUCUGCAACUUUGA